CCAUCACCUCCGAUAGAAGCGAUUGGUCGCAUUUUGUACGGGCUUUAGCAGCCAUUCAUCCGCUGGCGGUGUGGCUGGUUCACUGAUAAAAAUCGGAAAAAAAAUUUAGUUGUAUUUCGGAUCAGAGUUUUAAAAUCUUUUCUUUACGAAAAUCAUGGAUGAAGAAUACGACGCUAUUGUUUUAGGUACUGGUCUUAAGGAAUGCAUCCUUAGUGGACUACUAUCAGUAAGUGGGAAAAAAGUUUUACACAUUGAUAGAAACAAGUAUUAUGGAGGUGAAAGUGCUUCUAUUACUCCACUUGAAGAAUUAUUUGCAAAAUUCAAUUUGCCGUCAGCACAGUUGGAUGAAUAUGGACGCUCAAGAGAUUGGAAUAUUGACCUUAUUCCAAAGUUUCUCAUGGCUAAUGGUCAGUUAGUUAAAUUGCUCAUUCACACUGGUGUAACUCGUUACCUGGAAUUUAAAUCUGUUGAAGGAAGUUAUGUUUAUAAAGGUGGAAAAAUUUUUAAAGUUCCUGCAGAUGAAAAAGAAGCUUUAGUAUCAAAUCUCAUGGGUAUGUUUGAAAAAAGACGUUUCAGGAACUUCUUGAUUUUUAUACAAGAAUUUAGCAUGGAAGAUCCAAAAACAUGGAAGGAUAUUGACCCCAAUAAAACUAAUACUGCUCAAAUGUAUGAGAAGUUUGGAUUGGAUAAAGAUACAGCUGACUUUACUGGUCAUGCCUUAGCUUUGUAUCGAGAUGAUGAGUAAUAUUUAAAUAAACCUUGUGUUGAGACAAUUUUAAAAAUUAAGCUGUACAGUGACUCUCUGGCACGAUAUGGAAAAACCCCAUAUUUGUAUCCACUUUAUGGUUUGGGAGAACUGCCACAAGGAUUUGCACAAUUGAGUGCUAUUUAUGGUGGUACGUACAUGUUGGAUAAACCUAUUGAUGAAAUUGUCCUGGAGGAUGGUAAAGUAGUUGGUGUACGUUCUGGAAAAGAGAUUGCAAAAUGCAAACAAGUAUAUUGUGACCCAUCCUAUGUUCCUGAUCGUUCAGAAAAAGUAGGACACGUUCGUUGUAUUUGUUUGAUGAAUCAUCCUAUUCCAAAUACUCAGGAUGCAUUAUCUUGUCAAAUCAUCAUUCCACAGAAACAAGUAGGCCGAAAAUCAGAUAUCUAUGUUUCAUUAGUAUCUUACACUCAUCAAGUUGCAGCUAAAGGUUGGUGUGUAGCUAUGGUUAGUACUACAGUGGAAACCAAUAAUCCGGAGAAUGAGAUUAAGCCUGGACUUGAUGUAUUGGGACCAAUCAGACAAAAAUUUAUAUGGGUGAGUGAUUUUUAUAGACCAUGAUGGCAGAUAGAUGAUGGCAGAGAAAGCCAGAUAUUUAUCUCUGAAUCUUACGAUGCCACUACUCAUUUUGAGACUACCUGUCUUGAUGUAUUGGAUAUCUUCCAUAGAGGUACAGGAGAAGAUUUUGAUUUCUCUAAAGUCAAGUAUAACUUGGGAGACAAACAAGAUUAGAAAUUUCAAAUAGCUCUUUCAUGUCCCAUUUUGUCAUUAGAGAUAUCCUUUCUAUACAGUUCUCUUUAAACUGCUGUGAUGAUGAAGUUUCAGGAGAGUUUCCAGAAAUCAGCUUUAUAUGUUUUAUUUUUUAUUUUUAAUUGUCUUUUGAAAAAUUGGUGUAUGUAUACAUAUCUUGAAUGAAAAGGGAGCAAAUUGUCCAAUAGAGAAUAUUGUCCUAGGCUGUAAAAUCUUGUCAUUUCACACUGCAUUUGUUUCAACAGUUAAAUUGUAAAAAUAGUAAUAUGUGACCCUAUAAAUGUUACAAUAACCCA